UUUCUUCUCCACCCUUUCAAUCCAACAUGGCGGAAACUGGUGCGGACUGUCUGAAAGUGACAGAUGACUUUUCUUUAAGUUAUACGGGAUCUCCGGACCUCAGGAGCGUCCUGGUGACAAGCGUUCUGAAUUUAGAGAAGCUUGACACCGACCUUUACAGAGGGAAGCAUCACUGGGUUCCUCGGACUCGGCGUCUGUUUGGUGGUCAGAUUGUGGGACAGGCUUUGGUAGCUGCUGCCAAAUCUGUCAGUGAUGAGUUGUAUGCCCAUUCACUGCACUGUUACUUUGUUAGAGCAGGAGACCCCAAGGUUCCGGUGCUUUACCAGGUAGAACGGACACGAGAUGGUCGCAGUUUCUGUGUGCGAUUGGUGAAAGCAGUCCAGCACGGUCAGCCCAUACUGAUAUUUCAGGCGUCCUUUCACAAGCUGCAGCCCAGUCCACUAGAGCACCAGUUCACCAUGCCCAGCGUCCCCCCACCUGACGCUCUGCUCACAGUGGAGGAACUCAUCCAGAAUUACCUCAGCGACCCGAAUUUGGCUGAAAACGCUAAACAGGGGCUGAAUAAGAUCCUUGCAGAUGAGGUACCCAUUGAGGUGAAGAUAGUGAAUCCUCCUGAUGUUCAUAGACGUCUCCCCAUGGAGCCAAAAAAACUAUUCUGGGUACGAUCAAGAGGACACAUAGGAGAGGCAGAUAUGAAACUGCACUGCUGUGUCGCUGCCUAUGUGUCCGAUUACUCAUUUCUUGGUACCACCAUGCUGCCGUUCCCCCAAUACAGAACCCAGUUUUUAGCCUCUCUCGAUCACACCAUGUGGUUCCACAACAAAUUCAGAGCAGAUCAGUGGAUGCUGUAUGAAUGUGAAAGUCCAUGGGCAGGAGGAAGCAGAGGCUUGGUUCAAGGCCGCUUGUGGAGACAAGACGGUGUUCUGGCAGCUUCCUGUGCACAAGAGGGAGUGUUACGAGUGAAAGAUAUGACACGGAGUAAACUGUAGAUCCAUUUUCAUGCAGCACGUGUAAUUCCAGUGUAUCCUUUAGACUGUGCUUGGAGUGAUUAAAAGUAAUUAACAUAGAUUUACACAAUCACAAUAAGACCUAAAGAUGGCGAGCGACGGACCGUUCACAGAGCAGUCAGCGGGAAUAUCGAGUCAUUGUGUUAUCAGUUUGCUCAGUGAGAACUGGGUGUGGUGUCUUCUGUGACACUGAAAUUGUUUCAGCAGGAGACUUUUUACUAUAGAAUAAAAGUAUUUGAAAUGAA